CCGCUGCUUCCUUCUCGAUACCUCGCCUCGAGAAGCUGUCCAGCUGUGCGUUCGCAAGCGUAGUGUUGCUGACGAGCGCGCGCUCCUGUUCACUCGUGCUCGCGGGCGGAAACGCUCUUCUCGACCUGGCGACAUGUCCUGGAUACUACCGUGAUCGGAAUCGUGCCUCUCAUCCGCCAUGUCUCCUCCGACGCCGGAUGGGCGAUUGCCAACUGAUCGGACGUUGAACGAUGACGACGAACGCGUAUCGCGACCAAUCCGCCCUCUGGGCACUGCUCGUCACCCGGCUCGCUCGACAACGCCAACGCCCUCAAAUCCACAUGGGACUCCUCCGCCCACUCCUCUAUACCCUCGUGGAUCUACCGGACCCGACCAUGCGCCUACUAAACCUGCCUUCCGAUCCGUACGCGAAAUGGCGCUCGCGGCGAUCGGACCUCCGUUGGAUCCGGCAUCGCUGCGUUCUCGCCUUGCUGCCUACCGACCAUGGUAUCCUUUCCCUUUGGAUGACUUGGGGACCCCCAACCAUCUGCCGCUAGCUCCAUCUGGUGCUGUCGCCGCCAUCCCGGCAAAUUUCGAUCGGCUGGACGUCCGGCGUAUCUCGAACACGUCGACUUCUUCGACUGACACUGCCGCAUCAUCGACAUCUGCCCGGCUAUCUGACGCUGCGAUUUCUCCUCCCACUGAAGUCUCACCCUUGCCCUUGCCGCUCCCCCUUUCUCGGCUUGCAUCUUGGUCUGCCACCUCCGACAGCGCGCGGCGUUCUUUCAGUGCAGAGCCUGAAGAACUGACAUCUCGCGCCACGCGCCUUCCCCCCCGCGGAGCGUCUGGUCUGGGAAUCAUGACCCUAGCACAGGCGGAUCAGCACCCCGUUGCUGGGCCUUCGCGCUCGCACGAGUCUGAGCAUGCGCUGGAGCAUGAACGGAACAGUCUAGGAAGCAGCAGUGGUCACGAGGAGGAGAAGGAGCGGGCUCAUUUCCAGAACGUGCUCCGCGCCUUCAACGCGUACCUGCCCCACUCUCUGGCAGCGAACAACGCAAGGCGAAAGUCUUUCUACUCUUUGGCGCGUUCGCACCGCUUGCUUCUUUCUCAGGUCGGCCCAGAGCUUCCUGGACCCCUCGUUGAGAUGGAGAACGAGGAGGGUCAUGAUUCUUCGGUUCCAGAUGCUAACAGCGCCGUCAGAGGAGGCAGGGGACAAGAGUCAGCCGGCCGCGAGCGCCACACCCUGCCUCCCGGCGGCCGCGGAUUCAAAUCUCGUCUGGAUGAGAUCGACGAUAGGAUACGAAGAAACGCGGACGUGCUGAGCUUGAUCGUGGAAGACUCGCGUGGAUUUUUGGACGACGCUCGUGCUGAUGGCGCAGAGACUGAUGCGAGCGCAGCUAGCGAGAAAAUUUCAGCCGCUUCCGCAGAAAAGUUGGCGCACGGUCAUGUUGAGCCGCAAGGCGAUGCUGCGCUCAAAGUUCAAACUGCCCAUGCGCCCGGGGCUGCCGUGCCUCGCGACAUUGUGAGGAGUGCGCCACAGAGUGAAAGAUCUUCUAGUGGCAAUCUUCGGCCUACAGAAGAACAAGCGUUGAAACGCCAAAGACGACGCACCCCUCUCGAUGCUCCCAGGCACACCAAUUUGAGCACGAGCACUGACAGUGCAUCUGGGCGCAGCAAUGUAGGAAGUGGGGAAGGCUCGUCCGGAUCCUCAGGGUCUCUCAGGGAUGAUCCUUCCGCGGCCCCUUUCUCCAGAGAGGGCGCGGAAAAGUCUCGACAGCGCCCUAGCAGCAGAGGAGCUUCCACUCGGACGUCCGAGCAUGAGAUUGACAAGAUCCGCAGCACCAUCAAGCAGCUUGUCAGGGAUUGGAGCGACGAAGGCGCGCAAGAGCGUGAAGCGGCCUAUGGACCCAUCCUAGACGCUCUCGACGCGCGCUUCGGAGAAGUGCCCAGUACGUCGCGUAAUCAGGUCAGGGUGCUGGUGCCAGGGGCAGGCUUGGGACGCUUGGCGUUCGAAAUUGCCUGGCAGGGCUACAGCUCUCAGGGAAACGAGUACUCGUUCUUCAUGCUCCUGGCGUCGCAUUGGAUACUGAACAAGUCGAGCGGCAGGCACGCUCAUACUGUCUACCCGUACGUGCACUCAUCAUCUAACUGGAGAAAGGCCUCGGACAUGCUUCAAGGGAUCAGAAUUCCGGAUGUCAACCCAACUGAUCUACCGCCUCAUGUGGACUUCAGUAUGGUUGCAGGCGAGUUCGUUGACGUGUAUUCCAAAGAGCAGGAAAUCGGUGGCUGGGAUGCAGUUGCGACCGUCUACUUUGUUGAUACCGCGCGGAAUAUUGUCAAGUAUCUUGAAGUCAUCAACCAUCUGCUCCCUGUCGGAGGAUUCUGGUGCAACGUCGGGCCGCUACUUUGGCACUUUGAAAAUAAUGGAGACCUUAGCAUCGAGUUGACCCUUGAGGAGAUGAUGGACCUCAUCCAGCUUAUGGGCUUUGAAAUAGAGGAGCAUCGGACCCUGGAGAGUCAACCUUACACGGGCAACGCCAGUGGCAUGUUGUCAUACGAGUACACCCCAGAGUUUUGGGUAGCGCGCAAAGUCAAAGAAGCACCUCCCGGAUCCGAGGUAGCCGGGGACAAGUCCGACGGAUUGAGGCGCACAUGAUGUUCGGAAUCUUGGUGAUUGGUGUUGGUACGCUUGAAUUGUUUAAUUGCAACGCAGUCACCGCAAACAAAGCGCAUGCAAUGGCGCACAGUCCUGCCCAUGAUGUUCUUGAAGCGCUUCGAUACUCGCAUCAGAAGCCAAGUGCCAGUCUCUGCCGAAAGGCCGGAGUGGUCUCGCGAACA